GUGAGGACAAGCACAGCUUCUUGCAGGAUUGCGAGGACGAUGGCGAGACAGCUGCAGGAGGGAGAUUGCUCCAUUUAAUGCAGAUUUUGGAUGUGCGUAAUGUCAUGGUGGUCGUGUCUCGAUGGUACGGAGGCAUUUUGUUGGGUCCCGACCGCUUCAAACACAUCAACAAUUGUGCGAGAAACAUCCUGGUGGAGGAGGGAUACACUCCUUCCUUGGAUGAGACCACAAGAUCAGGAGCAAAACCCAGAAGGCCAAAAAGCAAGAAGACAAAGUGAAUUUCAAAAGAAAAGAAAAAGAAAAAGAAGUUUACAGUUAGUUUCUUUUUAAUUAGUUUGAUUUUAAAGGAUUCAAGUGCAUUUAAUAGAUGAAAACAGUGGUAAUUUGCUAUAACAAAUAAUUUAUUUGAAAUACUGAUUCAAAUGUUUAUUUUAAAUUAUUAUUGUUAUUAUCGUCACAGUGAAUCACAUCACAUUCGAUAUUUUUCCAUUAAGUCAAUCAAACUAGAGUGAUUUGAGCACGAACUGUGAUUUUGAUCGAAGCAAAAUUGUGUUGCUUUACAUCCAUUACUCUUACAAAGGGGUUAUUGAGCCAUUUUAAACAACACAGUUAUCACACGCAUGAAUGAAUGGUUUCGUUGAGGAGGAGACAAAUGACAAUUUUCCCCAUUCAUUUUAAAUUCUCACUCCGAUCUCUCAUCAUGCUGUCUGUCAUGUUGUUGAUGCAACGCUCGCUCUGCAGCUGAAUCUGCAUCUUAAUAAUCUUCAAACAAGUCAUUCAGGGUUUCUGAGAAAAUAAAAUCAGACAUCACAAACCAACAGAGUCUUAUGUACAGACAUAAUUCACAUCUAUUUUUUUUUCCUCCGGUGUGUUUGACACUCCCUUAAAUGCUGUAUUUAUGGGUGUUUUUUCACACUUCCCUUAGAGCGUUUUCCUCACACUUGCUCCUGUCGAGUUUCACCGCAACUCUUCCUUUUGGUGUCAAUCAAUUCCUGGAAAGACACGAUUUGCAUAUUCACCACUCCAGGGUUGACUGUGGGCAGCAGAGGACUACUUUCUAAAAAUAUCCAGGGCUCAUCUAUGCCACUUGGCCUUUUGGUUUCUACUGCCACAGCCAGACUUUUUAUUGUAUUGUCAUGUAGAAACUGUUGACUUUUAUCUGGGCUUAGCAUCUUCAGGGAAUAACUGAAAGUGUGAAGAAGAGGGGGUAAUUUAUUUGAAUUUUAACACUGUGGCUCCUCGGAAUUCCUCCAUGUCUGUGUACAAAGCUGCCUGCUCAUUUCAGCCAUUCAUAGUAAUUACAGCUAAUUCACUCAGCAGAGAGUAGUUUCUCCCUGACAAGCUGUCAUCACACUGAACCCAUCAUCUCAGCCCUUAAUCAUAUUUUAAAGAGGCUUGUGGAGAACUUGUGCAGCUGAAUUAACACUCUAGGAUGAGGAGAACAGCCAGACUACUAUGAUUCCAUUCAUACAGCUGUUCUUGCUGCUGAUUGUGACACACACCAGGGGGGCACUUUGGUAAAGCUUGGUUUAAAUUUGGAUUAAGCUUGGAUUAAAUGUACAAUAUGUAAAAUCGGCCACUAGUGUCUCUCAAAACUCCUAGUUUGAUGAUGUUUUCUCCUUUGCGAGCAAAGAGUAGUAGUAUUAGUGACGGACACACACGGUUAAAAUGAAUAACAAAAGACAACACACUGGUAGGUUUAGAGUGCAGAAUGUUUCCUUACACUUUUUCAUAGGAAGUUUGUCCCGGAAGUUGUAGUAGAGAUUGUUAAGCAGAUUUGAUAUUAAAUGGCAAAAUAUGAAUUUCUAUCAUUUUAAAUGGUGUUGGCUAAUGCACACUAUCAACAAAAUGUAUAGCAUUAGUCUUAUGGUUUUUAGGCAGAGCAUGUGCAGCAGAAUCAACUCUGAGGUGAGUCUGAGGUCACAUGGCUCCUAAACCUUACAAUUAGUGUGUAAUACUGUGUCACAGAAUUGAACUAAAGACAAAAAAAGGGUGGAAAAUAUUGUAAAAUUAGAAACUCAUUGUAAAUUACAAACUCUUUGUGCCCAGUAAAUCCGUGACAGUCAGACCACAGAGAGAGAGAGAGAGAGCAUUCCUAUUGGCUGUGCCAUUACAACUGCAUACACCUGCACAACAGGCUACAGUGCAAAGAAACUAAAAGAUACUCAGACAAUAGUUGCAAUAAACUUGUGUCAUUAGAUUACCUGUUGUCAUCUAAAAUAAGUAAUACAAAUAUAAUGACAAUUGGAGAAAAUCUAGAGCUGCAACUAACGAUUAUUUUCAUAAUCGAUUAAUCUGUCGAUUUGUCUCAGUAAUGGAAAUGUAUCAUAAUCCACUUUUUAAAUUCCUUUUUACUUGUGUGUGUAUUUUUCCUUUUCUGUCUAUCAAAUGAUGACUCGUGGCUUAUUUCAUCUCAGCUUCAUGCGCCUGGACCACUUCAGACCCUGACAUCAGUCUUUGAUCAUUUGCGGGGCGGACAAAAAAGGAAUAUGUAAAGUUACAGAAAUCACAGUUUGAAAAAAAACACGACAACCGGAAAUGGAUUCACUUUUGUCUCAGAAAACAACUUUAACAGAUACAUUUGUGUGAUUGUGGACAAGUGAGGCAGAUCGUGCUCUUAUGUUUUAGCUGUUUCACAUUAUAACACAUGUUGGCUUUAAAUAUCAAUUGUAAAGCAAACGAAAACUUUCUCCGUUGUGGAAACAUGGGUGCAAAUUGCUCCUAAAAUAAAAUGAUUUCUGGGGAGAAUAUGUAUAAUCCUAAUAGAGAUAUUGGGACAUGAGAUACUUAGCAAUGCUGAAUAAUUAUCCUUUUGUAUUUCUAAAUAAAAAGCCAUAUAUUUGUGAAAUAUCAUACUAGCUAUAAAAUAAUAAAAUGAUUACAUCAUCCACCCAAUCAAACGCCAAUGUUUCAAUACAACUGUAUGAACAAACGUUUGUUUGUAUAUUCACUACUAGGUACUACAUAAAAACACAAACGAAUAUUGACUCUUGAGGUCACAAAAACAGAUAGAGUUUUAUUUUGAAAUUAUGACCGGACAUAGCGCUAAUUUUUUACUCUAGUCGUCUUGACGCGUGUGUGACAAAAGCAGCGUGAGCGCCGCGAUGCGCGCACAUGCAAAACCAAAAAUCCAGACUGACAGAAGGGACAGAGGGAACAUACACUUCUCAUCACUUGUUAUCAAAAGAACAGAUUUAACUUCUUCACUCUGCCGUUAAUGAACAAAACGCAAACGAUGACGAUUCGGAAAAAGUGUUCCUUGUUUAAUUCCAGGUUCUCAGUCAUGUUUGACUCCUUGGCAAAGUGGAGCGGGAGGUCUGGGGACGCAGGUGGACUUGGUCCUUGUGUCUGCACGGUGAUUUUGGCUUUGCACUAACAAUGGGCGCUCACAUUCUGGAGUCCAACUCCAGCGGCAACUUGACUCCUGCGGUGUCGGAGGCUGGGGGUGCGCUCCCCGGCUACCUGGCGGUGAUGCUCCCGGUCCUCAUGGUGACCCUGGUCGUGGUUGUGGUGGCCGGGAACGCGCUGGUCAUCAUGGCUUUUGUUGUGGAUAAAACCUUGAGGACUCAGAGCAACUACUUCUUCCUGAACCUGGCAAUAUCUGAUUUUCUCGUGGGUGCCUUCUGUAUCCCAGUGUACAUCCCGUACAAUCUGACAGGCCGAUGGAUGCUGGGUAAGGGUCUCUGCAAGGUGUGGCUGAUCAUGGACUACCUGCUCUGCACAGCAUCAGUCUUCAACAUUGUCCUCAUUAGUUAUGACCGCUUCCUGUCAGUCACAAGGGCUGUUAAAUACAGAGCACAAAGAAACAUGACCCGCCAGGCUGUGAUCAAGAUGGUGUUGGUGUGGGUGCUGGCCUUCCUCCUCUACGGCCCCGCCAUCAUCUUCUGGGAGGCUAUUGUCGGUCAGAGUAUCGUUCCGGCCCACGAGUGCUACGCAGAGUUUUAUUUCACCUGGUACUUUCUGCUAAGUGCCUCGACCUUCGAGUUCUUCACCCCCUUCGUGUCGGUGGCCUUUUUCAACCUUAGUAUUUACCUGAACAUCCACCGCAGGAACAAGAACAGUGGUGCCUGUGCUGAAGACGAUGUCAAGACGCAGGCGAACAAUAAGAAGCACGGAGACGGAGCAGCCUUGGCUGUGUUUUUUGUCAAAACUCGGAAGGUGUCGUGCAGUGAGCCCACGGCGAUCUCUGCAGUUAUCGAGGACGACGAUGUCCUUUCCCCUUCUUUCAGUGGGGAGCCAAACACCAGUCAGUUAUUCCUGCAGAGGGAGAGGUUUUCCCCGAACAGAAAAAACUCCAGGCUGUUUGAGCACUCAGCCUCCUGUAUGGCACCUGGUCGUAAGACACACGGUUCUAGACUUUCCCGAGACAAAAAAAUAGCCAAAUCUCUUGCCAUUAUUGUCUGCACUUUUGGGAUUUGCUGGGCUCCUUACACUCUACUGAUGAUUAUCCGCGCUGCAUGUAGUGGUGACUGUGUGGGGGACCACUGGUACGAGGUAACAUUCUGGCUUCUGUGGUUGAACUCGGCCAUCAACCCGUUUUUGUACCCUCUGUGCCACAGCAGCUUUCGAAGGGCUUUCUCAAAGAUACUGUGUCCUAAAAGACAAUCGGUGCAGCCUCAGAUUGAGGCUCAGUCGUGCUGAGAUGAACUCAGCCGCACUUUCAUGCUUAAUGAAUGCAGUCAGACACUGUAGAAAUCCAUGUACUGUUCUUCCAUAAAAACAAGACAAGUGUUUGCAUAUAUGUGAUGGUGGUCUCAGCAUGUCUGACAGCAAUAUGACCAUAUAGAAUGAGAGAACAUCAGUGGACAAUUGUGGCACCUGUACAGACUUGUCCUUUAUUGAAACAGUUUUGAACACACGCUAACCUUCACGGACAAUCUGUGUUAUGCGAGUUCUUAAAUCACGGUUGGUCUGAAGUAAAGCACAACCCAAUGCAACAACGGCCUCAACAGAUUCAGAUUCAUCCAGUUUUAUUUACUGCUGUUUCUAAAGAAUCUGCUGUUUCUAUUUAAUGUUUAUUUUAUGUAAAAGAGGGAGUUCAAGGUCUUCUCUUCAUGUAUAAUAUUACAUAACCUUCCUACGACACCUUUUUUGAUUUAGAAUUUCAAUUAGCAAAGCAAGGCACAUGUUUAAGAAUAAUGGUUUUCAAAAUCGAGUUGCUUUUUUUUAAAAAUCAUGCAGCAAUAGAAAGUGAUACAGCAACAAAUGAGGAGUCUUCAGUUCAAAACAAACGAGCAGAGGAGAAUAUCCAGUGAUUGUUCACUGAAUACAGAGUGUACUCAUUAAGUAUGGUGAUGUUUUCUUUCAUUAUUUACUAUUUACUAUUUACACAGUGUGUGAGUGGCAGAGUGAAGGAGCUAGAAUCUGCCAUUACUGAAUGUGCACUUAAUUUCUUGUUUAUGUUGGAAAUGUACAGCACUAUGAAAAGGGAGCAGCACUGACACUUUUGUAUGUUAAUGUCUGUGCCAAGCUAAUUGGUUGUGUCCUUUAAAUGCAAGUAUUUAUUCAGACUUGACUUUGUUUGUAAUACUUUAAUACUUUGUAUGUAGGCUAUGAAUGUGUUGGUGUAAGUAGCCAAAUUAUAGAAUAAACACAGAGUGCUUACAACCUUA